UUUCCCUUGAAAUUUGUACCAGUAUAUAAACGAUACUGUUUUACAGAGAAAAUCACAUCGUCUUAAGCUUUCCCAACAUGCUCGUCCAAUUUGUUCUCUUUUUAGGGCUGGGUUGCCUGGUCGUCCAAGGGACUGUCACUCCUGACCUCAUGGUCCGUAACGUUUGCGCGGAUUGCAACGAUCAGAUGAGAGAUUUUGCAAGUGUGGAGGCAAUGCAUGAAUUUAACUCCCAUCAUGACGCUUACUGUGACUUUCAGCAUAGCGGAAGUUGUAGUAAAGUCGUCCCAUUCUUCUGCACUAGGCAAUAUGAACCCCGAUGUGCAUGGAACGGUCGAAAAUUUAGAAACUUUUCAAACGAUUGUGAACUGAGAAAAUUCAAUUAUCAAUACUAUGAUCGUUAUUUCGCAGUUUCCAACUGCCUAUGCCACCCCGAUGCUAAUCGCAAUUUGUUUUAAUCAUCUGAUAUAAAAAAUGGUUAUUAAGUUAUAAAUAAACAUUAAGCAUAGCGAGUGAAA